AUGCUCACGUCACUAUCCAGGUUCGUGGCCAAAUCUGCGCAGCACGCCCUGCCACUAUUCAAACUCCUACGCAAAGAACCUGCAUUCGAAUGGACGGAAGAGUGCGAACGCGCCCUUACCCACCUCAAGCGGGCCCUAUCUAGCCCGCCAGUUUUAUCUAGGCCGGAAGCUGGAGAAAUCUUGUACCUCUAUCUCGCCGUAUCCACCGAGGCCGUCAGCGCGGCCUUGAUACGAGAAAUCCCGGAAGGCCAGAAGCUCAUUUACUUCACUAGCAAAGCACUCCAGGGCCCCGAGAUUAGAUAUCAACAGAUUGAAAAGGUCGGACUCGCGUUAAUAACCGCAACCCAAAGACUCAGACAUUAUUUCCUAGCACAUACCAUAGUCGUGCGAACCGAGCAACCCGUAAAACAAUUACUUGCACGCCCCGACAUGGCCGAAAGAAUGCUCCGGUGGUCGUUGGAACUUGCAGAGUUCGACAUUAAAUACGAAGUAAGAAAAACCCUUAAAGCCCAGGUCUUGGCAGAUUUCGUGGCCGAAAUGGCCUUCCCCGAAACAACAAACAACAACACCCGAAGAUGGACCUUGUAUGUGGACGGUGCUUCAAGCUCAACCGGCAGCGGAGCAGGGAUCAUUCUUGAAAAUGGAGAAGGAACCCUCAUAGAGGUAUCCCUUUCACUAUCAUUCCCGACAUCCAACAACCAAGCAGAAUAUGAGGCCCUGCUAGCCGGGCUGCGCCUCGCAAACGACUUAGAAGCCGAAGACAUUGAGGUAUUCACCGACUCUCAACUGGUUGCAUCCCACAUCUCGGGCAAAUAUCAGGUUAAAAGCGAAGCCCUCGCCGAAUACCUGACCCUCGUGAAAGAAAGGCUGGCCCGAUUCAGGAGCGCCAAAGUAAAACACAUCCCAAGGGAACACAACACGCGGGCAGACGUCCUAUCAAAACUGGCGAGCACAAGAAAGAAGGGAGGUAACAAAUCCGUACUCCAGGAGAUAUUGCUAAAACCCAGUACCAAGACUUCAUCUUCCCUCUCACUCGUAAGCGCAAUUGGGGACGCAUCCUGCUGGAUGACCCCCGUAUACAAUUACUUAACGAGUGACCUCUUGCCCGCCGAUCCGAAAGAGGCCUCCACCAUCCGAAGACGAGCUUACUCGUACGUCUUAGUCGAAAAUCACCUCUACCGGCGAGGAUUUUCCAUACCUCUCCUCAAAUGUAUAGACGAGGGCACAGUCUCCCACAUACUCUGA